UCCAGUAUUCAAACCCAGAUUCUAGACAGGGAUAAUUAGAAACUGAUACUGGUCAUGUUGAAAGUGAAACUCCAUUAAACCUGAGUAGUGCUGGGGAAACAUAAGUAAGACUCUUCAUUCCGUUAUAGAAGAUAAUUUCAAUGACUGUGAGGUAGUAGAAAAAACACUUCCUAAGGAAACCCAGAGCUCUUUUUUAUCUCACGUUUCUUUUCACUGAAGCCUGAAGCUCAAAGUUCAUGGCUUCAUCAAAGCAGCUCCAAAUCCCAAAGGUGAGAUGGUUCUCACCUGGAGCCCAUGUGUGUUCCUCUACCCUUUGGCUGGGAACAAGUCACCUGGGAAUCACUCCAGCAGGUGGCUUCCAAAGUCCAACCUGCUAGGUUGAAAUCUGACACUGACAGACUCUCUGGGAGCAGCUAUUGAAAGCUGAACCAGGAACCAGGAAAUACACCAGCCUCUACACAUAGAAAACAGCUGGCCUCCCUCAGAGACAGAGCACCAUGGGAAACCGGCUCUGCUGCGCGGGAAGCUGUUAGCAAAAGGAGGAAAUUUCCUUAUGGAGACAGAAGUCACGCAGACAGGGUUGGCUCCGGUGAGAGUUUGGAAAUGUACUAGCAAGAAAAAGCAUCUGGAGAGCUGCCCAUCAACUUCCCAGAGGAAAAAGAAAACAGGAAGCCAAGCAAGACGGGCCCCGAAGCAGCAGCAGCAGCAGCAGCAGCAGCAGCAGCAGCAGACUAGUGUAAAGGCCCAUGACACAAGAGGACCUAUUUAUGAACAGGUGUUCGAGAAGCCGGCGACUCAGGAGCGGAGUCAAGGCCUCAGGUUGAAGGAGAGCAGCUUGCAUUACGCAGACAUUCAAGUGUGCAGCUCCACCCAGCCGCGCUCUGCUCGGGAGGUGAAACACCUGCAAUCAGAAAAUGCUACGCAGUAUGCCACCCUCCGCUUCCCCCAGGCCACACCGCGCUAUGACAGCAAGAACGGGACCCUAGUGUGAGCGCUGGGGAGGACGGACCUGUUUCCAUCCCUUCACCCUUGGGGAGAAUCUGCCCUGGGGAAGUGGCUGGCACCCCAGCAAUGGCUGCCGCGUUUUCAAGAACUCCAGAGCCCUUUCGAGUGCUCCCAGUCUUGCCCCCUUCCCUAAGCCUAUUGUCUUCUUUGCCACCAUUAGCUUGGAGUUGUAUUGGGGCUAGCCAGGGUGGACGGAGUUCCACAAAAUGACGGGGGCUAGGAGGAGCUGCCGGAAGUCUGUUGGCCCCUACCUCGGCUCCUGCUUUCAAGAAAAGCACUGAUUAGGACAGGUUGCCCCAGCACUUGACCUGGUUUUGUUGGGAUUAAUUUAAGGGCGUCUCUUCUACACACCUUAAACGCCCAAGCUGAAGAAGGAGAGGUGCUCUGGGAAAGCAUCCCGACUCUUGCGCACAGCCCCCAGAGCUGGCUUGGGCAGUUCCCUCGGUGGCUGGGUCAAGGGUGCCAGAAGCCAGACAGACAAACGAGGCCAGGGGCUGAGGCUGACCGUGGGUUACCAGUACAAGUCCCUGACAGUACUGCACGGCCCGGAAACUCCCCUUCACUGGACUGUGGGCUCUCGCAGGUGCGGAGCCGCUGGGAUCAAUAAAUCGCAGAAGGAA